AUGAAUAUGUCAAAAAAUAUAGCUACGGUCGAUCAAGAACAAUUUAUCUAUGAAAUUGUCAUUCCCCAAUCAUUACGAUCAUCAACAUCGUCUUCAUUUGUACCUGAUUGGAAAGCUCGAUUAAGAGAUAAAGAUCAAUCCUAUCCUUCUCCUGAUAUUCGUCAUAAACAUUCAUUAGAAACAUUUAUUAAUCAUACUAAUACAACAUUAUACUAUCGUAUAAAUGGUUUUAAUCAAACAUUUGAUUUAACAUUAAUUGAAGACGAAGCAUUCCUCGCCCCAUCAUUUACUACUCAACAUUUUGAUCAAAAUCAUACAUGGUUAACUAGAGAUAUUGAACAUUGUUUCUAUAAAGGUUAUAUUAAUCAAAAUCCUUUGUCGACCGUAUCAAUCAGUUUAUGUCACGGUUUGUUAGGUACAUUUGUGUAUAAUGAUGUAGAAUAUUUUAUUGAACCUAAACAUCAUGAGAAUGAAACUAAAUGGAAUUAUGAACAUUUAUUUUAUACCCAUAAGGAUUCAAUAUUAUCAAUUACAGAUAAUCCUCAAACAGUACGAUGUCCCGUUGAUGGUGUACCUUAUUUUGAAAAAGAAACUUCCUAUCCUCAUUAUCACCGAUCCCGAAAACGACGAUUUCGAAAAUCUUCUAAAAAUAUUCCUUCCAAUUUUCCGACAAAUUUUGUCGAAGAUAAUCUUGCACAUCAUGUUAAACGUCGAGCUAAACGUCAACUGGAUUUUGAUCCUACGGCUAAACAUGUUGAAAUACUUGUUGCUUACGAUGAAUCAAUCAAAUAUUUUCAUUCAGAUGCUGAUAUUAAAUCAUACAUUCUUACACUUUUUAGCUAUGUCUCACAUUUAUAUUCCGAUGCAAGUAUCGGUAAUAAUAUUAAAAUAUGGCUUGUUAAAUUAGUCGAUUUAGGCAAAACUUUUACUGAUUAUAUACAAUCUAGUGACGAUGCAGCUGAUACAUUAAGUAGAUUUUGCGCAUGGCAAAAAGCCUAUAACGCUGAAGAUACAUAUGAUGCAGCUGUUCUUCUUACAAGAACACCUCUAUGCAAUAAACGAGCUAAAAAUGUAACUGAUAGUAAAUGUGACACAUUAGGAUUAACUGAAUUAGGUACACUAUGUAAUAAAACUUCAAAAUGUGCUGUUGUACGUGAUAAUGGUUUUGCUACUGCAUUUACAAUUGCUCAUGAAAUUGCUCAUUUAUUUGGUAUACGACAUGAUAAUGACAAAGCAUGUUUAGAUCAUACCAAAGAACAAAAUUUAAUGGCUACUUCAUUAACAUUUAAUUAUAAUCAUUACAAAUGGUCGAAUUGUAGUCGUCAUUAUUUUACUCAAUAUCUUGAGUCGGAACGAUUUCAAUGUUUAAAUAAUGUACCAGAUUAUAGAUCUUUAUCAUUCAAAGAUUUAAAUGAUGAACAAAAAGCACGUGAAUUACCCGGUCGUUUUAGUGAUCUUAAUGAUCAAUGUCGUCGCGCUUUUGGUGUUACAUUCGAAUAUUGUAAAGAUCUAGGUUUUGGACCUAAAUGUAAUCGUUUAUAUUGUCGUGAAAUGUAUUCGAAUUUAUCAUCAUGUAUAACGAACCAUGCACAUUGGUCUGAUGGAACUAUGUGCUCUGAACCGCGAACAGAAAUAAAACGUUGUUUUCGUGGUCAAUGCCGAAGUACCCUUGAUCUUCAAGUAGUCAAUGGAAAUUGGGGUGAUUGGCACGCAUGGUCACCAUGUACACGUACAUGUGGUAGUGCUGUACAAAAAUCACAACGUUAUUGUGAUAAUCCAAAACCAGAAAAUGGUGGACAAUAUUGUUCUGGUCAAUCAACUCGAAUACAAUCAUGUGAAGAUAAUCCACCUUGUAAAGAUCCAAUUGAUAUGUUUCGUCAACGUCAAUGUUCAGUUUUUAAUAAUCGAACUAUUGAUCCUUCAUUACCAAUUGGUGUACGAUUUGAACCAAAAUAUAAUGUAUUACCAGGUGAACGAUGUAAAUUAAUUUGUAAAGUAACAGAUGAUCGACUUGAACGAUCAUUUGUUCUUGGUGAUCGUGUUGACGAUGGAACACCAUGUGGACGUGAAGAAGAAACAAGAGAUAUUUGUAUGAGUGGUAUUUGUAUGCCUAUUGGUUGUGAUCAAAAAUAUGGAUCAAAUGCUACUGAAGAUGUUUGUGGUGUAUGUAAUGGCCAAAAUCGUACAUGUAGAUCAUAUAAAGGACAAACACCAGUCUCAGCUUUUGCAUGUUCAACUCGAUGCGGUGAUGGAUAUAAACGUGUAAUAUAUGAGUGUACAAAAACUAGUUAUACAAAAGGAAAUAUGGAAUCAAUGGAUGAAGAUACUUGUCGAAAAUAUGUUGGGGAAAAACCUAAAGAUAUUGUUUCAUGUGUUGGAGAUUGUACAGGAAGUGGUUGGGUUUAUGGAAAUUGGGGCGAAUGUCAUUAUAAUGAUGGUUGUGUUCGUAAACGCUCGGCUGAAUGCCGAAAUUCAUCAGAUUUACCAAUACCAACACAUUAUUGUGUUCCAGAUUUUAUUUUUAAUACGGAACGAUGUGCUGACGCAUCAUGUGAUCAAUCACGAUGGAAUUAUACUUCAUGGUCUGAUUGUGAUUGUACAUUGAAAAGACGUCGACGAAGUGUAACAUGUGUUCGUCAUGGUAAACCAGUAAAUGAUCGAGAUUGUAUACAUGAACCAAAACCUGAUGAAACAGUUUCAUGUUAUGAUGAAUGCUCUACAGCUGCACAUUGGGAAACACAUGCAUGGCAAUCAUGUACGGCUACAUGUUCAUCACAUAAAGGUAUUCGUCGUCGUCAUGUUGUUUGUUCUCAUCAUGGUUCAACUGUACAAGAUGCUUAUUGUGAUCAACGAUCAAAACCUGUUCAACAAGAAUGGUGUUCAACAAAUGUUAGUUGUACAACCUGGUCACUCAGUGAAUGGUCAUCGUGUUCAGUUACAUGUGGAACAGGUAUUCAACGACGUACAGUACUAUGUAAUCAAGAUGGUCGAGCAAUGGAUAAAUCAAAAUGUCCACAACCAAUGCCAAUUGAACAACAAACAUGUACAGCAUCAAGUAGUACUCUUUGUGCCACAUUACGUUGGUCUACAGGACCAUGGGAUGAUUGUUCAGCAACAUGUGGUACAGGUAUUCAACAACGUAGUGUUUAUUGUGAUGAUCCAUCACGAGCUUGGAUACGAAUACCAGAUAGUGAAUGUAUAACAAUGUUAGGAGAAAGAACGAAACCAGCUCAUCGACAAAAUUGCUCAAUUGCGAAUUGCCCUAGUUGGCAAUUAAGUCCAUGGGGUAAAUGUUCAGGAAAAUGUGGUUCUGCUGAACGACAUCGACGUGUAUGGUGUUCAUAUAAUGAACGUGAAGUUGAUGAUAAUUAUUGUACACAAUCUGGUGAAGUACCCUUAAAAACUGAAAUAUGUCAUGUUGAUCUUUAUUGUCCGCAAUGGACAACUGGAAUGUGGUCAGAAUGUUCGGGUCCAUUAUGUUCAACUGGAAUGCAAUAUCGACAAGUUGUUUGUCGACAAGGACAUGAAACAAUAUCGAAUAUACAUUGUGAUGAAGCAUUGAGACCACUAGAAUUACAAGCAUGUCAUAUGCCUAAUAAUACAGCUUGUUCGAAUGUUCGAGCAAUAUCAAUAGCGGAAAGUACAUCAUCAUAUAUUUGGGAUGUUAAACAAUUUGGAGAAUGUAGUACAACAUGUGGUAUUGGUCGUCGUUUACGACAAGUUCAUUGCGUUGAUAGUUCAACGAAAAUGUCUUAUGAUGAUAAAUAUUGCGCGCAAUUACCAAGAAAACCAGUUGAUCAAGAAAUAUGUAAUUUAAAUCCAUGUCCUACAUGGUUUACUGAUCCAUGGUCACCGUGUCCGGUUACAUGUGGUACUGGUAUGCAACAUCGAUUAGUUAUGUGUAAAAAUCGAGAAGAAAUGGUUUCACCAGAAAAAUGUAAUGGUCUUAAUAGGCCUGAAACAACCAAGCAAUGUUAUACAAUACCUUGUAGAACGGGUACAGGUAAAGAUAAUAAUAAUAUAUCACCAGCAACAGCCACAUGGAUACCAAGUGAAUGGGCACAGUGUGAUCUUCAAACUUGUACACAAAAACGAACAGUUCGUUGUAUUGAUGCAAUGAAUGGUCGAAUUUUACCGAUGUGGGAUUGUUCACAAAAUCAACCUCAACCAUUAACAAAUCGAAUUUGUCCAAUAUCAGCUUGUAUAGAAUGGCGUGUAGCUCAUUGGAAUGGCUGUUCUGUUACAUGUGGUCGUGGUAUUGAAAUUGGUUUUGGUCUUAAUUGUUUUGCUCGUCAGAUGCCUAUACGUAAAAUAAACGCCAGUGAAUGUGAAUUAGCUGAACCUCAUUUACCAAAGCCUACUGCAAGACGAGAAUGCCGUCGAACUUGUGUAGAUUGGCGAACAAGUAAUUGGUCUGAGUGCGACAACAAGUGUGGUACAGGCAAAAGAUUUCGUCAAGUAACAUGUCAUCGAAAAUUAAACGGACAACAAGUAGCUGAUCGAUUUUGUUUACAAAAACGACGAAAUUUAACAAGACCUAUAUCAGAAGAAAUAUGUACAAAACAAUCUUGUUACAAAUGGAGCCCAACUGAUCAAUGGACACCUUGUUCAGCUAUGUGUAAUGGUGGUCAUGAGGAUAAUAUUAUUCGUUGUGUUACAACUAUAGAUCCUAUUGAACAAACAGUUCAUGAUCAAUUAUGUAAUGAUACUAUUCGACCACAAAUACGUCGUUCAUGCAACAUCAAACCAUGUGUACCAAAACCAUAUAAUGUAACACGACGUCGUGGUCGACGUCGUCGUUGGGAAGUUGGUCUAUGGUCACCGUGUAAUGUACCAUGUGGUGUUGGUGAACAAAAUCGAACAAUUCAAUGUUUAGCUAUAUUUCGUAAUCGAACACUAAAUGAUCGUUUCUGCCGACAUUUACCUAAACCUAAUCUUAUUCAACAAUGUUUUCAAAUAGCAUGUACACCUAUGUGGGCAACAAAUGCAUGGUCAUCAUGUUCAUCUCAAUGUGGAUUAGGUUAUGAAUAUCGUGGUAUAUCAUGUCAUGAAGUAAAUAAUAAUGGAUAUUUAUUGAAAAAUAAUUAUACUACGCAAUGUAAUCAAUAUCGAGCACCAACUACUCGCAUAUCGUGUAAUAUGGGUGAUUGUGAAAGUCCAUACGUAUGGCAUGUUGAACCAUGGUCAAAAUGUUCAUCGGAUUGUAAUCGUGGUGAACAAACACGCCAUAUUUAUUGUAAAAAUAGACAAUCAUCAUUACGAGUUGAUGAUCGUUUUUGUAAACCUCAUAAACCUGUUACACGAAUUGAUUGUUAUGGUUUUCUAUUUGAACAUGAUCAAAGUACAAAGAGGUAA